GUCCCUCCCUCUCCGUUAUCCCCUCACUCCUCCUCCCUCAGUCUGCUCCUCUUAGUCCGCUCUCGUGCCGGCCCGACCUCCGCCUCUGCCCGGCCAGACGUCCAACACAGACCCCGCUGACUCCCCGGAUACAGCUCAGGGUGGGGGGGGGGAUACAUUCCCUGGAACACGACGAGAGGGAGAAAACAGCCGAACACUUGGGGUAGCUGCUGGUCGCAUUGCAGCAUCUCACAUAGUCUCACGUGUAGUAGCCACUUUUUUUUUGUUUUCAGCCCCCCAUACAUGUGUUACUUAGAAGUAAAACAAACUUUGUGCUCCAUGGAAACAUGUAAAAAUCCACCCGGACAGUAAAGUUGGACACUUACUGAGCCCCCUCUGAGCACAGCGGGCUGGGCACACUCAAUAGGACCGUUAGGUUUUUUUCUUCUAUGCUAGCUUGCUAGGUGGGACCAGGACGCCUUUGUGGAGAGCAUUUAUCCGUUUGCAGGCCACAUUUUACGGCACACGACGGGGGAAAAUCACCAAAGAUGCUGUUGGGGCUGAGAGAGUGGUUCUGGCAGGAGCGGUUGUGGUUUCCGAAGGGCCUGGGCUGGGCUGACCUGGAGGAUCGGGAUGGACGAGUAUACGCAAAAGCCCACGAUUUAUGGGUGGCGCUACCCAUUGCACUUGCAUUCCUCAUCAUACGUCAGAUCUUUGAAAGGACGGUGGCCAUACCUCUGGCUUCUCUGCUCGGGGUCAAAGAGAAAGUACGGCUCAAAGCCCCGCACAACCCCGCACUGGAAUCCUACUACUGUAACAUUUCCAAAAACCCCACACAGACAUCUAUAGCAAGUCUCUGCAAACAGACCGGCUCCUCAGAAAGACAAGUGCAGCGAUGGUUCAGGAGGCGAAGGAACCAGGACAGACCAAGUUUGCUGAAAAAGUUUCGAGAGGCCAGUUGGAGAUUUACCUUUUACCUUCUUGCUUUCAUUGCUGGCCUGGCCGCCCUCAUCGAUAAACCCUGGCUGUAUGACCUGCAGGAGAUGUGGCAGGGUUUUCCGGUGCUGACUCUUCUGCCCUCUCAGUAUUGGUACUACAUGAUCGAGCUGGGUUUCUACAGCUCUCUGCUCUUCAGUGUGGCGUCUGAUGUGAAACGCAAAGACUUUAAGGAACAAAUUGUUCAUCAUGUAGCCACCAUCCUCCUCAUCAGCUUCUCCUGGUGUGUAAAUUACAUCCGUGCUGGGACUCUCAUCAUGCUGGUGCACGACUCCUCUGAUUACCUCCUUGAGUCUGCUAAGAUGUUCAACUAUGCUGGAUGGAGGAAUGCCUGUAACUACAUCUUCAUUGUAUUUGCUGCAAUCUUCAUAAUCACUCGUCUGGUCAUCUUCCCCUUCAGAAUCAUUUACUGCACAUGGGUGUACCCAGUGACCAUCUAUGAACCCUUCUUCGGCUACUACUUUUUCAACGGCCUUCUGAUGGUUCUACAGUGUCUACAUAUCUUCUGGGCUGUCCUCAUCAUACGCAUAGCAGUCCGCUUCCUCACCAACAAUGAAAAAGUGGAUGAUGAAAGGAGUGACAAAGAUGAAACAGAUGAAACAGAAGAGGAGGAAGAAGAGGAGAAGGGAGUUAAAAAGGACAUAAAGACAAAUGGACCAGUGCAGAACGGUCACACAGUCCACAACAACAACCACAGCAAGACAGAGUGAAAAAAAACUAACGGGUGUCAGGACGCAGGAAUGUGAGAAGGACUCAUAUCCCUCAGCAGGGGUGCAGGAGGGAGGGAUGAAAAGAGGCAAAAGGAUGAAGAAAGAGUGUGGUUGGGGGAGAGGGGCAUGUCAUUCCCUACAACACAGAACAGCAGGUUUUGUUGAUGAAAUGUGACACUGUUACUUCUGCACAUACACGUUCAUACUUACUUUUAGAGGGCACUAAGAUCCAGCAGAUGAUAGACACUAUGUUCAUGUAUCAAUGUCAGUGUGUGAUGCCAGUCCCCAAAUUUCAAAGAGACAGGAGAGGAAAUGGAGAGGAGCAAAGUGAUGGGAGGGAGGGUGGGGGGAGUGAUGCUGCUUCUACUUUAGCUUUCCUUGUUCAGUGUGCCUUAGAGCCAGCUGAUGGCUGUUAAAAUGCCAUGUUAAAGCUUUCUGCUUUGAUGCUGUGUUGUUUAUGUUGUUCCCUUUUUUUGUUUCCUACUAAAAGAACAAAAGAGAAUGAAAGUACGUUUUAUGAAAGUGAGACAAUGGGGCAUUUAUUUCCCUAAUUUUCUGUCUAUGCAAUUUCGUAAAUGUCAGCUAUUGCACCGCAUUUGCACAAACAAACUGUCUCUUAUACUGUGCAGUAGGACUGUGUGCCUCUGCUCUCCAAUGACACCUGUGCCAUUGAUGAAAAAAAACUGCCUUGUGAGGUUUCGGAAGUAAAUUUGGUGUCACUUUUGUAGAUACACUGCAAGAAAAGUCUUGCUUUUAUUUUAUUUUCUUAAUCUAGCUUCACCUGUUCAGUACAAAUCCUGCUUCCACAAGAGACAUUGUCUAUAAAUCUUUGCUUUUUGAGCAGUCAGGAACAUCCCAAAAUAAAAGUAUCACUGCAAUAGUAAAUCUCAGCUUCCUGCCAGUGUCAGCGGAGCUGAAUGUUUUUCCUCUCUAGUUUGGUUUGAGCUGGUCGAUCCAGUUGAGUCACACUGGCACUGCCUCCCACUGAAAACCGUUGACUCUAUGAUAAAGCCAUGGUGAAGGUGGGUUGUUUGUGGGAAUACAGAAGGUUUUUCUAAAGCAAAUGGAAUGUGACAGAUGAACCACUUCCAGAUUUUACAAACAUGAACCAGAUUUCCCCAAUUCACUGCCUUGUAUCCUGGGUAAUGUUUGUUAACCAGGGCUAGAAUUGAACUUUUGAUCUCAGUGAACGAUUUUAGGUAUGAUUUUGUUUAUGAAACGGGUUUACAGGUAUUCUAUUUGAUGUUAAAGAGGUAAAUGAUGAUGUAAUCCAUUUUUAGCAGUUCAGUGUUUGAGCCUUGAGACUCGGGAAGAGCUCACGAAAUGAGUGUGGCUGUUUUGUCUUCAUGCUUUAAAUCUAUUUGUAUGUUAAGUGCCUUAUCUGUAAUUAUGGGAAGCUCUCUCUCCCUCUCUCAUUCUCUCUUUUUUGAGCCCUUUUGUUUUCCUUCUCUUUUUCUGUCUCCCCUUCACAUCAGACAAUAGUAUCAUCUCCCUCCUUGGUACCAUCCAUCACUCACUUCAUUCUUCGUCUUCAAAAACCAUCUUCUUCCCAAACUCAGCCUCAUUCCACGACCCAUCAUUCUUCACUAACCCAGGCCAACCAGCAACCUCCUCUUCCCCGGUGAUACAGAAGGAACAGCUGUGUCCUAAUUACAGUGUUAUAUUAUUUUUUAUUUUUAUUGUUUAAUAACUAAGUAUUGUUAUGAAUAAUAAAUGCAAAGAUCAUUCACAAUUAAA